GAACGACGACUUACGAGGGUUCGCUUGCAAUCAAUGGCAUAGCAGGGUGGCUCAAGACACCAUCUCCAACUACAAUUGGUGGCAUACGCGUAGAAGUCACCGCUUCUUCUCUACGAGAAGAUCACAAAUACUGAUCAUCCGAAGCAAGGAUCGCGUACAGAAUAACUGGUGAUCUCGGUCGAGUAUCUUCGACGAUGACAGAUUGUGUCGUUGAUUAAUUACGUCGCGAGUUCUCGCGAUAAUCCGGUUAAUUGUACAUAACGUGCGAAAGUGGGUGAGGCGCCCAGAGUAGGCCCAGGUGGCGAUGUGACAUCACCGUUGUGGGAUAUCAAUCUCGGUGACAGAUCGUCGAAUUUGACGGGAGGGGUUGGUCGGCAUUACCGGGUGGACCAUGAAUUAUGGAUACGUCGCAGAUCGAAGACGGUGCGACUUCGGAGGAGAGACGUAAGGAAGAACGCGCGUAAGCCAUGGGUAGCGGAGGGGUUGGUGAGGUACCGACGAUAUUUCAUCCCCGAAGAUCGCGUACGUCGAAUAUAACUCUCGCCGAUGAUCAACAGAUUCACGGUCCUUUCAUCACUCCUAUCCAGGUUGCGCUUCAUGCCUCAGGAUGCGAGCAGCAGCAGGGUUGCACCGUCGCCGAUGGGCGCGAAUCUGCGUCCAGCUGUCGCACCUUGGAGACCACCGGAAGUGCCGUAGGAAGCGGCGGCGGUGGCGAUAGCGGGGGUGUGCAGGCUCAAUCGACAGCUCAAACUAGAUCGUCGAUUCUCGUGACCCCGACUUCCACCCCGAUCGUUCAACGCAAGAGCUCGUGUUUCGCCUCCUGCUGCGCCGAGAGCGCGAAGAAGAUAUAUUUCGGGGUAUGCGUGACGAUAUGCGUGACGGCGAGUUGGGUCGGGGCGACUCAUUGCAUCAAGUAUUUGUACUUUCACUCCAAGUACAACAAAAUCUCGCAGACGUCCGUCACCGCGAACUCCUCCGCGGACGACCUGCGUCAUCAACAGACCACCGUCGCUUACGACGCACCUUUCUUCACUACGUGGUUCUGCACCAACUGGGAAGUCCUCUAUUUCCCGGUGUACUUCAUCUGUCAAGCUGCCAGGACCAAGUGCGCUACCCCUUCCGAGAUAAUCGCCGAGAGCCUUCGUGGCUUUCGCGAUAAGGGCUUCACCGGCGGCCGCUUCUUACUCAGGUGUAGCCUCUUCUGCUGCCUGUGGGUCAUCACGAAUUACUUGUACAUACUCUCGUUGCGAAUACUGUUAGCCACGGAUGUAAUGGCAUUGUUCGCGACCAACGUUUCGUGCGUCUACCUGCUCUCGUGGGUCAUUCUUCACGAACAGUUUGUGGGUGUGAGGAUAGUCGCGGUGAUCCUGUGCAAUACCGGCAUCGCGCUCUUAGCUUAUAUGGACGGCAUAACCGGAAGUCCGACACUCGGAGGUGUCGUUUUAGCUACAGCAGCGGCAGCUGGCUCUGCCGUUUACAAAGUUCUCUUUAAGAAAGUAAUAGGGGAAACUACGUUCGGUCAAAUGUCUCUAUUUUUCUCCCUUAUCGGUUUAUGCAACGCCGCCUUGUUAUGGCCGAUUUGUCUGGCUCUGUACUUUUGCGGAGUGGAAACUAUGCAUUGGGCAAGACUACCUUGGGCAACGUUACUCUCCGCCAGCAUCCUCCACUUAGUUGCAAAUAUGCUCGGCAAUUUCAGCAUCGCUGUCACUUACGAUCUGUUCAUCACUCUUGGAUUAAUCACAGCUGUACCUGUGUCCGCUGCACUGGACGUUAUUUUCUACGAGGCGUACUUUAUGGGUAUGAAAUUGGCUGGCAUGAUCUUCAUAGCGGUCGGUUUCUUCCUCGUGAUGUUCCCGGAUAAUUGGCCCGAUUACAUAACGAGGCUGCUCCGAAACGUAGUCCUCAUGAGUCACAGUACAAGGUGGAGCAGGAGACACAGGCACGGCAUGUCAGACGGAUCGUCGCGCGACGUGAUCGAUUAUCGAACCGGUUAUAUAAAAUCUCACCUACGUUCGCCGUCAGGCAGAGUUCGGUGACUAAGCACACCGAGAACGGAAGCAAUAAUUAUGGGAUUGUGGCAGCGAUGUAUAGAUGCCUUUGGCAGCGGCUCAAUGGCCAAAGUUAUCAUUCAAUUAUAAGCGAAUAUUCGCCCAGCGAAUAAUAAUUUAUUAGUAUCUCUUCUGUACUUUUUUAGGAUCUCCUUAAAGCUCCAUUAACUACGCCCUUUCAUCAACGUCAGUCAGUUUUGAUGGUAGUUUAAUCGACUCUUCAACUCUUUUUGAUUUUAUUAUAGCUCUAAUAAGCGAGAAAUAAUCAAAUCAAUUAAACUAGAAUUAAAUGAGGAACAAAUGCGGAUAAAAAAAUCUAUUGUAAAAUACAAAUACUUUCUUAUAUCGAGUAUAUACUUCUUUAAAUUUCAUAAUUUUUAUUAAAAAAUCAUAUAAUUUAUUAAACAAAAUAUCCCUCUUUCCUAGCAGUCAAAAGCAAAGAAAAAGGGCUUAUUUCAAGAAUUUAUUGUUCAGAAACAAUUAUAUUAAUGAAGAAUAGCUGACAUCCUUUAUUGUUAAGGUUUUUCAUUCUUUUGCUACACAAUUAUUAUUUUUAUAAUUCAAAUAUUUACAUACAGAUCGAUUCGAUCAAAAUUAAAAUAUCCGAAAUAUAUAUUUCUGAUUUUACCGUAUUAAUGUAUCGAUAUACAUGUGUGUAUGUUUGAUAGCUAUAGAUCAAUGGUUCAGUAGAGAACAUUGCAGUUCCGGAUCGAUGACAAUUAGAAACAGAAUAUAUAAAAUUAUUCUACACUGUAGGAAAAUUUGGCUUAAAUUUAACUUAAUAUAUCUCGCACGUCACAAACGGUCAAAAUUUUUAUGCUUAUUUAAUAUAAUGGAUAUGUUAACUAGUAAUGUUAAUAUUUCAACACGAAAUUAUGGCAAACUUCAUAGUAAUUUAAAAUAAAUUAUGUAUAAAAUCAAUUUUUUAAUGACUAAAUUAAUAUAGAAAAAAUUUAUUAACAGACAUUUCUAUAUUAAUUUAAUCAUUUAAUUUAAUCAAAAAUUUAGUCAAAAUUAAUUAGUCAAAAAAUUAAUUUAAUCAUUAAUUUAGUCAAAAUUAAUUAGUCAAAAAAUUAAUUUAAUCAUUAAUUUAGUCAAAAAUUUAUGGUCUGUCACUUUCAUUCUUAUUGUAGGAUAAAAUUAACAUUUUUUUUCUGUAAAUUUUGACAAAUAAAUCCUAUCAUUAAUAAUACGGAAUAUACUCUAUUGUGUAAGAUUAAAAAUAUGUGCACAUUGUGUUAUUUUUACAAUUUUUUACAAUUGUUUUAAUAAUUUUCAAUUGUUUUAAUAAUUUAACAUUUGAAUUCAAUUAACACAACAGUGAUUAUGUUAAAUAAACACAUUUGAAUGUGUUAAAUGUUUAACACAUAAAUUUUAACUGGCAUAAUUUUUAAGAAAAUACAGAUUUUCCAACAGUGUAGGUUUGUCCUGAUGUAAAAAACGAAAGAGAAAUUUUGCACGAUAAUGAAAAAUAUAACAAUACUGGAAAAAAAACCAGUUUUAUCAAAAAUAUGAACGAUUUACAAUAAUCGAAAUAUCGAUGGAUUCAAUUUUCCACGCGAAAGAAUUGUGAAGAAAUUUUAAAACUCUCCACGAGAUUUAUCGAUUUCAGUUCGCUAAAAAAAAGAGAGAGAGAGAGAGAGAGAAAACGUCAAAUAUGUAAUACUUUGAAUCAAAAUUUUCUUUCGACAAUUCCACGUUGUUAUCGAUGUAUUUUGGUGAAAGUUAGAAACAGAUAUAUGUAAAGACAAUCAGAGAACUAGCGUGUAUUAUCUCCUAUAAAUGCCUGUUUUUUCAUCUGUACAGAUGAAUUGCUGAUUUAUAUAAAGUAUCGUUCGCGUAGAAAAAGUAUUUAUAUUGUAACGAGAAUUAACGCGCACGUUUUGUUACAAAACGUCGUAUUUACAACGGCUCAGAAUAAAACCCUUAUACCCCACGGUGUUAGUGCAAUAUUACAGGGUUGAUAAAGUAGUUUUAUCUAUAUAUAUA